AUGACCACCUCUCCACCCGCAAACCGCUCCUCCUCACCCCAGCCCACACCACUCACCCCAUCUAUAUCCACCCCAUCAUCCACCCCAGCAUCCCUCACCCCCACCUCCUUCCCCACAAUCUACACCUCAAUCAGCCACACCUACGAAACCUUCUUUUCCCAGGACCCCGGUCUCCACACCUUCCUCACCUCCACCAUCACUCUCCUCCCCCCCUCCUCCCAAAUCCUAGACCUCGGUUCUGGCACCGGCCGCCCCGUCGCCUCCACGCUCUCCGCUGCCCACCACCACGUUUUCGGCCUUGAUUUCUCUGCUUCUAUGGUUGCUGUUAGUAGGGAUUCUGUGCCUUCUGCUACGUUUGUUGUUGGUGAUAUGAGGAGUUUUGAUGUUUUGUCUCUUCUUUCUUCGGGGGAGACGUUCGAUGCAGUAUAUAGUAUCCUAUCCCUCUUCACACUCUCGCGCCCCGAACUCGAAGUCAUGGGUGGAAAAUGGAAAUCUUGGGUGAAGAAAGGAGGGCUCCUUUGUAUAUGUACGAUUGCGGCAGAUGAUGUGUGUGCAAAGGAAGGAGUUGAGGGAGAGGGAGAGGGAGAGGGGAAUGAUACUGGAUUGUAUGAUGAUGAUGGGUUGUGUGUAAGGGGUGUAAAGGGAAGGUUUAUGGGGCAUGAGGUGCAAACGACGUUGUUUAGUAAGGAGGGGUGGAGAUGGCUUUUGAGGAGUAAUGGGUUUGAGGUGGUGAGUGAGAGGGGCGAUACCUAUAGGCCGCCUGUGGAGGCGGAUAGUGAUGUGGAGAUGCAUUGGUUUUUGGUUGCGAGGAGGGUUUGA